CUGAAGACGGUGGAAGAGGAAAUUAUGGUGAGGUCAAAGUAUUUCUUGGAAGACUACCGCCAACAUCAGGAAAAGGGAGUGCCUGUGCCGAAUCAGCUGGUUCCUUGUGUGAAGAAGUGGGGAAAACCUCAAAGUGGUCGAGUGAUGGUGAACGCAGAUGAUGGGAUACUACAAGAAGGAGGGAUCGGUCUUGGAGUGGUGAUGUGGGACGAGAAUGAAUCAUUCAUACUUUCAGCUGCGAAGAGAGUACACAGACAAUACACACCGGACAUGGCAGAAGCAAUGGCUUUGGUGAUGGGAGAUCAGCUGGCGCAACAAUUUUACGUCCAAAAACCAAUAAUGGUGAUGUAUUGUUUGCAGCUGGUGCAAGUGUUGACAGAGCAAGCUUCUUCCAGAUCAGAGAUAGGGGUGGUUUGCAGGAAAAAAAAGGAGAAUGGUUGAAGAACGACAAGGGAGUUUCUCCCAUGUGUACAGGGAGGCAAAUGAAGCUGCUCAUAUCAUGGCACAUGCACGCACAAGAUGGGAUGAGCGGGUGGUAUGGCUUGAUCAGUCACCAAUAUAUUUAGUUGAUAAGAUUGAAUUGGAUGAUGUAGCAGCAAACUCUGAUUAAUAAAGUGAAUACAAGUUU